AUGUUAAUUCCAAUCAUCGUUUGCCUAAGGAACGAUGAAGACUCACAUGAGAGUGACCGCGAGGAGGAGCAAAUUGUGGUUCCAGAUAUUUCAAGGGUAUUUCGAAGCAUGAUGGAAACACCCUUAGACAUUGAUGCUGUCGAUGAUAAUGCUGUCGGAGACCCAGCACCCGCCGCUGACAUAGCGUUUGACGUCCCACUGACGUUUAAAAAUUCGUGUCAACGUCUGCUGUUCACCAUUAGUUACGUUCCAACCUUGAAGCCACGUCAGAACCAACAAACCACGAGUACCCAGAUAUGGAGUUUUCUUCAACAUCUACAACACAAGCUGGAGGCAACCCGACUGAUGUGUAUAUAA